AUGGCAGAAGAAUUAGCUGGGUUGCAGAAGCAGAUGAAAGAACUGACAGUACUGGUGAAACAAGGACGAGAUGAGUCUAAUCCACCUAAAUGGUGGGAGACUCAGGAAGAGAGGAUUUCUACACUGGAGUCUAGAUUGGCUACAAAUCAUGGAUAUGUGGAGGAAAUCUUGAAGAUUUUGACUGGCAGAAAAGAGGACCAAAAUCAGUUUGAGGAUCAGGUACAUACCCUUGAUUCAUUCAAUAUGAGUAACAAACAACCUGUUAAGGUGACAGUAAUCAAUGAUAAGACUCGAUUUACUUAUAAACCGGAUGAGCCUGGUAUUCUUAAGUCUAAACCAAAUGUCUUGCCUGCUCAUAUAGCUAGCUGCAAAAAUGAUAACCAAACGGGGGAGAACAGUGCUGCUAGAACUCAGUUAGUGGCUUUAGAAGUGGAUAAAAGAGGUACAGGAGGGUCUUCUUGUAACAUCCCAAACUACGGUAUUGCUGAUGAACAGAAGGUGGAAGUAGCUACAAUGUACCUGACAGGUAAAGCAGAGAUUUGGUUUGAUGGGUAUAUUAUGCAAAAACAUCAUGUGACUUGGCAUGAGUUUGAGGCUGAUUUAUGUCAUAGGUUUUGUGAUAAAGCCUUUGUUGAUAUAGUGGAGGAAUUUACAAAACUGGUCCAAAAAGGGUCUGUAGAAGAAUAUCAGGAUAGAUUUGAAGAACUACAACCUCAUAUGCUUCUGCAGAAUCCUACUUUAGGUGAAGAAUUUUUUGUCUCUUUGUUUAUUAGUGGACUAAGGGAUGACAUUAAACACAGAGUUAAAGCUCUAGACCCUAAAACAUUGUCUGAGGCAAGCAGGCAAGCUAAAUUAUAUGAGCUCUCUGUGGAAUUUGAGAGUAAGAGGUUCAAACCUUUUGUAAAAAAUCCAGCUCAUUCAAUUCCUCUACCUGGUUCUAAGCCUAAUCAGCUAACACUACCACUGAAGAAUACAUCCACUACAACACAAAAACAGAACCUGAUAGACUACAGGAGACAGAACAAUUUAUGCUUUAAGUGUGGUGAAAAGUUUGUUCCAGGCCAUCAGUGUAAAACAAAACAGUUGAAUAUGAUGAUUGAAGAUGAAAGUGUCUUACCUUCAGAAAUUUUAUCUAAUGAUCCAGAACAGCAGAAUUUACAGGAGGGAGAGAAUCUAGAAAUAUCUAUGAAUGCCAUUACUGGAUGUAUUGGUCAUAAUACAUUGAGGAUUCAGGGAACAAUUCAGGGAAGACCAUUGAAUAUACUAAUUGACAGUGGGAGUACCUACAGUUUUUUAACACCUCAAUGGGCUGAGGUUGGCAUACAGAUAAAUACUCUUCAUCCUCUAGCUAUUACAGUAGCUAAUGGGCAGCAACUCUACAGUUCAGCAAGGUGUAAUGAAGUGGAAUGGAGGAUGCAAGGGCACUCUUUUAUACAUGAUUUCAGACUACUUCAAUUGGGGGGCAGUGAUAUGGUGUUAGGGGUGGAUUGGAUGAGAUUGUUUAGUCCAAUAUUGAUGGACUUUAAUAAAAUGACAAUGAGCUUUGUGCAUAAGGGGAAGCAAAUCACUAUACAAGGUCAACAACAGUCAAAUUUCUUACAGCAGAUUUCAGGAGCUACCCUAUUGAAGAUGACAGUUUCUGAUUCUCCUCUUUUGGGACAUGUAGUGUUAUUCAAUAUGUGUGAAGAUUCCAAGACUACUCCUACAGCUAUCCAGUCUCUUCUGGACCAAUAUCAAGUUAUUUUUGCUGAACCUACAGGACUGCCUCCUACAAGAAAUCAUGACCAUGCAAUUCCUCUUAAACCUGAAGCUGCCCCAAUCAACUUAAGACCCUACAGAUUUCCCUAUAUUCAGAAAGCUGAGAUAGAGAAGCAGAUUGCUAAUAUGCUUUCCUCCUUUGUGAUUCAACCAAGCAAAAGUCCUUUUGCUUCUCCAUGUCUUUUAAUUAAGAAAAAUGAUGGUACCUGGAGGUUUUGUGUUGAUUACAGGAAACUAAACAGUAUGACAGUGAAGGACAAAUUUCCUAUUCCUGUUGUGGAAGAUCUACUGGAUGAAUUAUGUGGAGCAGUUUAUUUUUCUAAAAUUGACUUAAGGUCUGGUUAUUGGCAGAUCAGAAUUAAGCCUGCGGAUAUCUAUAAGACAGCUUUCAGAACUCAUCAAGGCCAUUACGAGUUCAAGACUCAAGUUGAGUACUUGGGACAUAUUAUUUCAGCUUCUGGGGUUUUUACUGAUCCUACUAAAGUAGCAGCUAUGAAGAAUUGGCCUGUGCCAAAAUCUUUAAAAUCUUUGAGAGGUUUUUUGGGAUUGACUGGUUAUUACAGAAGGUUUAUUAAGAAUUAUGGUACCAUCAGUAAACCUUUGACUCAAAUGCUUAAGAAAGACAAUUUUCAUUGGAGUACUGAGGCUUUAACUGCUUUUGAAAAUCUGAAGUAUGUUAUGUGUGUUGCCCCUGUGCUAGCAUUACCAGAUUUUGGGAAGAGUUUUUAUUUAGAAACAGAUGCCAGUUCAGGAGGAAUUGGGGCUGUCUUAUCUCAGGAUGGUAGACCUAUUGCCUACCUUAGUAAAGCUCUUAGCCCUAGACAUACUGCCCUAUCUAUAUAUGAGAGAGAAUAUCUUGCUAUUCUAAUGGCAGUAUCUAAAUGGAGGCAUUAUUUAGAAAGCAAUCCUUUUAUCAUCAAAACUGACCAUGAACCUUUAAAAUAUUUGCUAGAGCAGAAAUUAACUACUGCCAUCCAGAAGAAAGGGCUGACUAAAUUAUUGGGGCUCGACUGUUCUAUUCAGUAUAGGAAGGGUAAGUCAAAUGUCGUUGCUGAUGCCCUUUCUAGACAGUGGGAAGAUCAAGGUCAGUAUAUGGCUAUGGGUACUACCCUAAUCAUUCUUAGUUGGGUGCAAGAAGUGGAAGACAGCUAUAAAGGGGAUAAAAUGGCAACUGACUGGUUAUCUAUAUUACCAGUAAGUCCUACUGCUAACCCUUGCUGGACAUACUCUAAGGGUAUUCUUAGAUUCAAGGGCAAAGUAUAUAUUGGAGGUACUGGAACAUUAAGAUUACAAAUUCUUCAACUCUUACAUGAUUCACCUCAUGGGGGACAUUAUGGAACACAUGCUACUUAUCAAAGGAUUAAGGCUAAUUUUUAUUGGCCUAAGUUAAAGGCUAUGGUGGCAAAUUAUAUUAGAGGAUGUACAGUUUGUCAACAGACUAAAGUAGAACAUAUUCCUAAACCAGGGCUCCUACAACCAUUGCCUAUUCCUCAACAGGCUUGGGAGAUUAUUACUAUGGACUUCAUAGAAGGCUUGCCUACAUCCUAG